AUGGAUACUGAGGUUUCUCAAGAACACCAUGGUCGUACCAGUCAAUGUACCAAGUCGACUCGAAAUCUUAUUAGGGAUAAAAUAAUUAAUCAAUCAAAAGAGUGGUCACCGUAUGUGUUAGAAUCACAGCAAACUUGUAGCUUGUCGGAUAAUUUAUCGAUAUUACAGGGAAGAGAAACUGUGUUCAAUGAUCCAAGAAGAAAGGAAAAACUACGAGGUCUUCAAGCCAUUCUACAGGAAAUGCUACUAGAAGAACCUUUUGAUGUGAAUAAUCAGAAAAAAGUUGGCUUCAUGGCAUUUGACGAUGCAUUUGCUCUUUAUAUGGGAUUUCAGUCCACUCAAGACUUUUCUCAUCAAGCAAAGUAUAAUUUUCAGUGCGCUAUACUACAUCCAAAUACUGGAUUAUGUGUCAAUAUUUUAGUUAUUCCAGGCUCACGUGAAAAGGUUAUUAUAUUGUGUCCAGAUCGCUCCCUAGAUUUUACUUUCCUGUAUGAUUUUCUGGUAAAACAUUUCUAUAGUGAUAGAAAAGAGGAAUUUACCAAAGAGGAAAUUGAUAUUGUUUUGGACAGUGUGACAUCAGAAGCCAAUUAUUGA